UGAAAGUUUCUUUCUCGGCGUUGUAUUCUUUUUGACUUUGAUUGGAAACCGAACCGAUAUUUUCUUCUCUGAAAUCGCGGAGUUUCCUAAUGCCUAAUCGUAUCUCUGACUAUAAUACGUUUCUAGGUCUUCGAUCGUCUCAUAGUCUCCUUGGAUUUUCCCUUCGCUAUUGCAAUUAGCUCCGUGGGUAUCUUCUAAUUUCUCAAGAUAUAAUGAGAGCACCAUCAUUGCUAGCCCAGUGCUUGCCUGGCUUGGUGCCCCAAGAUAAAGGAAGCCACAGCAGUCCUUCCAUUUCAGAGAGAGAUGUUCAUCUCCCCUCACCAGCUGUGGAGAUUCUCCCUUCAAAGGCAAUUCAUUUAUACUUCUCUUCCUGUUAUUGCAAAACAGCUCUUCCAUACAAAUAUGCAGGGGAGAACGUAGAUUUGCAAGGUCUCAAUGUCUUUAAGGGUAGAUUUAGCGUUGCCGAUAUAAUGGGCUUGAAUAGCUCGGAGUCUACAUCUUCAAAACCUGAAGGUCAUUUGAAAUCUUGGGACAGUUCCAUGUAUCUGGUUAAUGUUCUUAAAUAUGAGAUUUGUGAUGGACAGCUGAGCUUUAGAGGCAAAAAAGUACUUGAGCUGGGUUGUAGCUAUGGACUUCCUGGGGUGUUUGCUUGCCUCAAGGGAGCAAGCAUAGUGCACUUUCAAGACAUGAGUGCAGAAACUAUUAGAUGCACAACCAUACCGAAUGUCCUUGCCAAUCUCGAACAAGCUCGGGACAGGCAGAGUCGACAGCCAGAGAGUCCCUUAACUCCGUCCCGACAUGCUUUGACCCCAUCAGUACAUUUUUAUGCUGGUGACUGGGAAGAGCUCCCAACAGUCUUAUCUGUAGUUCGGGGUGAUGGAUUCGAAGCACCCACCGGAAUGAGCUUGAGCUUCUCAGAAGAAGAUUUUAUGGAUGGUUGCAGCAGUCAAGACGGUAGCAUCAUCGGCCACGAGUCUUCUUCAAGAAGAUCGAGGAAACUAUCAGCAAGUCGAGCAUGGGAGAGGGCUAACGAGAUCGGUCAGGAAGAAGGCGGAUACGAUAUCGUUUUAAUGGCAGAAAUCCCGUAUUCACUCAACUCUUUGAAGAAGCUAUAUGCACUGAUAAAAAAGUGUGUGAGGCCUCCUUAUGGAGUGUUGUACUUGGCCACAAAGAAGAACUACGUCGGUUUCAAUAACGGAGCGAAGCAUUUGAGGAGUUUGGUCGAUGAGGAAGGCGUUUUUGGAGCUCACUUGGUCGAGGAGAUGACGGACCGAGAGAUUUGGAAGUUCUUUCUCAAGUGAAAGAAUGGAAAAACAGGACAAACUGUUGAAGAAGUCGAUGUUCAUCACAAAGUAUAUGUUUUUUAAUGAAGUUGUCUUGGUUAGAAUGGGAGUUGUUUAGUCAGUGGAGCAUUUGUUUUGCUUCUUUGAUUGUAUAAUCUGUAUUGUUCUUUCUUUCUUUCUUAAUUUCUUGUCAAUUUUGUGAGGAUUCUCCUUGCUAUUGCUAGUAAAUCAAUAAUUGAAUGCCCUUAUUGCCUUUUUUUUU